GCGGCCUCGAGGCCGUUUUUUCUAAUCUCUGCGUCUGGCGCCAUUUUGUCCUUAGUCGGACUCCGAGAAGGAAAAGUGUUGCGUCGGCGCCAGGCCCCAUCUUAACCGCCACCAUAUUCGCCAUGUCGAGAGACCGUUUUCGAAGCCGUGGAGGCGGCUUCCAUCGGCGCGGCGGCGGCGGAGGCCGAGGUGGCCUCCCCGGCAACCACGACUUUCGUUCUCCGCCGCCGGGCAUGGCGGGCGGUAUGGGGCAACCGCGCGGCGGCCACCAUCAUAUGGGCGGCGGCGGCGGCGGCGGCGGCGGCGGCGUCCAGGUGAAGCAGGAGCCUACUAAACCGCCGAGCUCGACCUCCACUCCGCCUUCCUCCGCUGCCUCCGUUUCCGCCAGUCCGGCAAGCUCGUCGCCUUCCUUGGGGCCGAACCAGAAUCAGGUCGGCGCGCCGGCCUCGACCUCGUCUUCCGCCUCCUCCGUUUCCACACCAAGUUCGGUCUCGGCACCAGCCGCCCCCUCAGGGCUCCAGAGCGGCAGCCGAGGAGGGGAGACGCAGCCGCCGCCGCCGCAGACGAACGCGCCGCCGAACCAAAGUCCCGGGCAAGGCGGUUCCAAGAAGGGACCCGGGCCUUCUCCCGGAGGUGGAGGGGGACCCACAGGUGGCCUGAAAGGAGGCCCGGGAGGGCCGCAGUCAGGAGGCGGCUCCAAGAGCAGCGGCGGCGGCGGCGGCGGGUCCGGACAGCAACACCGAGGCGGCGAAAGGCGCGGGGGGCAGCACCAGCACCAGUCUCACCAUCACCAACACCCACCCCCGCCCCAAUCGCAGCACCAGGGCGCGGGGGACGAGAAGAUGUCCGACGCUGAGGGUUUUAAAGCAAAUCUGUCACUCUUGAGACGCCCUGGAGAGAAAACAUACACUCAGCGCUGCCGUCUGUUUGUUGGGAAUUUGCCUGCUGAUAUCACCGAAGAUGAGUUUAAGAGAUUAUUUUCCAAAUAUGGCGAACCAGGAGAGGUCUUCAUUAACAAGGGGAAAGGUUUUGGCUUUAUUAAGCUGGAAUCCCGAGCUUUGGCUGAAAUUGCAAAGGCAGAACUUGAUGAUAUUCCUAUGAGAGGAAGGCAGCUUCGUGUGCGUUUUGCCACCCAUGCUGCUGCUCUUUCUGUGCGUAAUCUCUCCCCUUAUGUGUCAAACGAAUUGCUGGAAGAAGCUUUCUCUCAAUUUGGACCAAUUGAAAGAGCUAUUGUGAUAGUAGAUGAUCGCGGCAGAUCCACAGGAAAGGGCAUUGUGGAAUUUGCAUCUAAGCCUGCAGCUCGAAAAGCAUUUGAACGUUGCACUGAAGGUGUCUUUCUUCUGACAACCACUCCUAGGCCAGUUAUUGUGGAGCCUCUUGAACAGCUAGAUGAUGAAGAUGGUCUUCCAGAAAAGCUGGCUCAGAAAAAUCCAAUGUAUCAAAAGGAGAGAGAAACUCCUCCACGAUUUGCACAACCUGGAAGUUUUGAGUAUGAAUAUUCUCAACGGUGGAAAUCCUUGGAUGAAAUGGAGAAACAGCAGAGAGAUCAAGUAGAGAAAAACAUGAAAGAUGCCAAGGACAAACUGGAAAGCGAGAUGGAGGAUGCUUAUCAUGAACAUCAGGCAAACCUUUUACGCCAAGAUCUCAUGAGGCGACAAGAGGAAUUGAGACGCAUGGAGGAACUUCACAAUCAAGAGAUGCAGAAACGAAAAGAAAUGCAGUUGAGGCAAGAAGAAGAGCGACGUAGGCGGGAAGAAGAGAUGAUGAUCCGUCAGCGUGAGAUGGAAGAACAAAUGCGAAGACAGAGGGAAGAAAGCUACACUAGAAUGGGUUACAUGGAUCCUAGAGAAAGAGACAUGAGAAUGGGUGGUACCAGUGCAAUGAACAUGGGAGAUCCCUAUGGUACAUCUGCUCAGAAAUUCCCACCAUUAGCAGGUGGCACUGGCCUUGGCUAUGAGACCAAUCCAGGAGUUGGACAAACAUCUAUGAGUGGCACUAUGAUGGGAAGCGAUAUGCGCCCUGAGCGAUUUGGACAGGGAGGUGCGGGGCCUGUAGGUGGCCAGGGCCCUAGAGGAAUGGGGCCCAGCGCUCCUGCAGCUUAUGGGAGAGGGAGAGAAGAAUAUGAAGGCCCAAACAAAAAGCCCCGGUUUUAGAUGUGACUAGUAGAUUUUUUCAUUCCAGUUUGUUUUAUUUGUCUUGUUUAGACACUACUUUUUUUUUUUUAAAUUCUUGCAUUUUAGUAAGAAAGCUACGUUUUUAUGGAUGUUAGAACUUAAAAUGAUUUAGAAUUUGUAAGUGGUCUGGGCAAAAAAAAAAAGUCUAAUUAUGUAAUGCAGUGUUCUAAACUUAGCUUUUUUGAUGUAUAACGUCCCUACCUUGAUGGCAAUGUACUGUGUGCCAUAUGAAAUCCCAAGUGUAAACUUUUUUUACUGUGCUUAAAAUAAAUAGUCUAAAUGUAGCAAGAUUCUUUUUAUCGUAAACCUCUGAGCAUAGAGGGCAAAUAACGCUUCCAAAAGGCAAUGAAUUUCUUGAAAUGAGAUCUGGAGUGUUGCACAAUACAUGUGGCUGGGAUGCUACCGUGCCGUAAAGCCUAAAAUAUAUCUGCAAUUUUAAAAUCUAAUUGAACUUUGAUAUUUCAUAUCAAAUGAAGUCUUAACCCUUAGAAAAGGCUUUGAGAAUUCUGCAAAACUUUGACUAUAAUUAUUCAAGUAUACAUGUUUGGAAUUUUAACUUCCUUACAAUGAGGAAGCAAAGUGAUUUUUGGUGAAAUAGAUCUUUAACUUAAUGAACAAUGUAGUUCAGUUUUGAAUAAGGAGGUGGGAAGGAAAUGGGUAAGGGCAAGUAAUCUAACAGUAUUGGCUGUUGUCUCCAAAGGACAUUUCCAUUCCAACUGUUACAAGUCAGCAUGACUUUAUGUAUGUUAUUCAGCAUCUCAUUCUUUUUUAAUAAGACUCAAAAUUUGAGAUCUGGUUGAUGUAUUUCACUUCUAAUUCUUUAAGCAUUUUAGUGCCCACCAGACAUUUUAUCUUAACAGAAUCCUUGGUGAUUGAAUAUGAUCUAUUGAAGUUGCAAUCCAAAUAUUGGAAGGAGUACUUUUUUUUCUUCUUGAUUUAACCAGCGUAAUCUUGAUUCAAAAGGUUUGAGCAUUGGUGGGCACUUGUGUAUUAUAUUUAACAUCAAAACUUCACUUAAAUGUAGAAAUGAAAUAUCCUUUCAGGAUUACAGGAGUAAUUAGAUUAAAGCCUGACAUACAGAAAUCUUAAGUACCAUUAAAAUGGAAAUAUUUUUUUCCUUGGGCUACAUAGUAUCAACUUGUGCUGUUGACUUGGUAGAGUUGGAUCAUUUUGUAUUUAUUAAAAUGCUGUAAGAAGUUAAUCUGUCUUGGACUCUAUACCCUCGUGCCUAAAAUAUACUGGGUGCUCAGUUUCCUGGUAUAAAAAGGUACAGUGGCUUGCUAAAAUGAAGAUGAACCAGAUCAUUCUGUGAUUAAUCCUGUUGGUUUUUUUAUUCAAUAACUUCGGUGCUUUAAAUCCUUUAAAUAAGGGUGGGGAACUUCCCCCCCCCCUCUAACGGGGAGCCAUUUUAUAUCUGUUUAAAACAGUUACUCUGGGUAAUGUUGCAUUUACUCUACCUUUUUUCCCAGAAGGUUGUUGAGAGAGGGGCAUAAAAGUUUUGGCAAGUCAGUACUGAUUACUUGCAGGCAUCCUGUUUUGGCUGGUUUUUUUCCCCCUUUCAACUGUUGACACUUUCUCUUUGCUACUACCUCCAGUAGCUUGCGAUAACCAGAAUGCCAUACGUGGUUCCCCCCAUCCCUACUUUAAACGUGCUAAAGCUGAGGAAGAAUCAGUUACCUGUAAGCCGCUUAUAACUGCAGCGUAUGAAACUUCACUGCCACCAGUUGUUAACGUAUUUUCAUUCUGCAAAAUGGAUUGACUCAAAAGCUUGUGCUUGAGCAAGCCUUUUGAAAAACCCAAGAAUGGUAAAACAGCCGAUAUUCAAGGCUGCUGGACUGCCUCUCAUUUUAGUGUUGUGGUUGAAUUAAGCUAUAUUCCCAGAAGCUUCAAGAAGUUACCAUCAAAAGGGGGAAGAACGCCCACAGUCCUUGCAUUGACUUCUGAUGUAGAGAAACCCUUGUGAUAACAAAUGUGGACUUUUAACUGUGUCCUGGGCUGCGUACAGCUCAGUUCUGCUUUUCUCACGGAGGUGUUCAUGGACACCCGGCUGUAGGAAACACCAAGACUGACAGUGGUGGGGCCUCUGGAAAUGGAAACUAAUUUUCAGUUUAUUUUUCAGAUUACAUGCCAUUUUUCCUUAGGAUGCUGGCACAUAUCCCAAACCAUGUUCUUUUGUAGUACUGUAAUCUUGGACGAGUGAAGGAAGCUGAUGGUCCCAUUUCCUUCCUAAGGUUCAUCUCUUGUUUACAUUUUGUCUAAACUUGGCUGAUAUUAAAACGGGAAGGAAAUACUGGGGGGCCAAUGUAGGUUUUUAACCCUUUACGGGACGAGUACUUUUGUCAAACGUCCUUAUAUAAAAUACGCACAGUAGUCUGACUUCAAAGGAUAACAAGCAGGCUGAUCCCUCAGCAGCAAACCAAUUGUUGGGGAGUUUUCACUGAAUUGAAUGUUCCAUCUUUUAGCUUUUUUCUAAAUGGAUUUAAAUAUUUGUUUAGAUUUACAGAUGAUGCCUUUUGAGCAGAAGCCAUAACUAUUCUCCUUCUGCGUGCCAUUAAGCCUUUAGGUCAUGCAUAAGUUAUCCCAAUUCAAGAGUCUACCCAUGUUUAACAAUCAUAGCAUGCUAUAAUCACAUCCUUGUUAGUUGUAAUAAAUGAAUUUCUGUUUCUGUGCGUAUUUUGUGGUAUAUUUGUUUUUAAAAAAGUUCUUGGCAUCUCCUUGGCAACCACUUGUGGCAGCAUGCUUUUCUCUGGAGUUUGAGCCUGCAAUAUGACACUGUUUAAAAGUAGUGGCCUGCUAUGUAACAGCACUUAGACAGCAUUUCCGCAGUGCAUAACUGUGAGGAACGUAGUACCACAAGUGGCAAUGGACAUUAGCACCUGGAUGUAGUAUUCCUGCUUGCUCCAAGAUUCUCAUUGUCGCCUGCAUACAGGUAGGUAAAAAGAACUAUAAUCUAACUUGGUGACUUUCUGUGUAAUCUUGCUAUGGGGGUAUUCUGGCAUCACACUACUGACUGUGGGAUUUCAGUGCAGCACUUCUCAUACGGCAUGGUGCUUAGUUUUGAGGCUAACCUGGAAUCAGCAUUAGGCAAACGGACUAUGAUGCUGACACUUGUGCCUCAGACCCGUGAUUUCUUUGUGCAUACGACUUGCUUCUUCUGUCUUCACCGUGUGAUAAAAGACAUUUUUAUAGAGUUCAAUGGGAGGGGAAAGAGUUCAAUCUCUGCAUAAUUUUACUAUUCAUGGUCUCCAUUGUGUAUAGGAGCGGUUGCUUUUAGUUCAUAUUGGCUAUAUAUUAAAAGUUGUAGGAAAACGCUUUCAUGGUCAGGCAGAUAAAUACAUUGGUAUUUUUCCCUUUAUAAUAGUGGUUGCUCUGUUAAGUUUGAGGUAGUAUUGAAUUAGUAUUUUGUAACUGUAGUGUCAAGUUAAUAUAAUACGGGUGGCUGGCUGUGGGAUGAUGACUGAUAAUGUAAAAAAAUAAUAAUUUUAGAGCUCCCCUUAACUCUAAUCCAUGCAUUUUACCAAAAUGUAUAGGUUACUUUGCUUACUACUUGAUGAAAAAAAAAAACAAUAGGGUUUUAUAUCUAAUGUAGUUGAUGACCAAGUUGAUGAAAAAACAAUAGGGUUUUUUUUUGUAUCUAAUGUAAGUUGCCCUUCAGAAGAACUAUUAGCUUUGUUGUGCUAGCUAGGUCUAUAUUAUAUCUCUUGAAAGCAUUUAAUAAUACUUAGCUCUUGGAUCAGUUCAUAAGAUACAGCAAUGCUCAACUUAAAACAGAAAUGCAGUUCUGUCAAAUUUCAUGUUUCAGUGUGUUUGAAGAAGAAGAAGAAAAAAAAGCUGCUUUGUGAACAGGAUUCAAAAGUGAAUCUUAACAGCCAAGUAAUGGUUUGGAGUUCCUAUUUUGUACCUGGGUGGUUUGCAAGAGGUUUUUUUUUAAAAGUCCCUUGUCAGUACAACCAGUAAACUUUAAAUCCUAUGAACAGCAUGUUCACCAUGGGACUAGUUAUAUUCCAAGCUGGAUAUUCCAAGUAGUAUUCUAAUGGACUCCACAAAUAAGUAUGCUAUGUAACUGGGCUGCAGAUAUAUUCAACCGUAGUAACUACUCAGUUUGAACCAAUAUGCCAAUGGCUUAAUUGAAGCUUGGGGAUUAUAUCUUUAGAGUUUCUCUUGACAUAAGUGAAUUUUUAGUAAAACAGGUGAAUUGGAUUCCAGUUUCUUAUGUACAUGAUUAACUGCAGUUGUAAAGAGGAGUACAUUAAGUUAUUCUUUAAGGGCAGCAACUCUGUUCAAAACAUCUCUUUAAGUGUAUAAGUGGCAUAAGAAAUAACAAAAAGUGCUUGCAUUGUAUUCCAUGUUAAGCUUUUAUUCUGGUCCUUGAUUUCCCCCUUGCAAAAAACUGACUUCAGAGCUCAGAAGUGUGAUGCCAGAAUACAUUAUGCGUACUUUGCUAGGUUCUCAGUUCCGGUUACUAGUGCUGUGUGAGGACAGAAGCACUUUCCUAACAUUGGGGGGGAGGCUUUGUUACAGUAUCGAAAAGCUUCUAUUGGCUGAAGCUCUCUCCCCCCAAGACUAGACUAAGCAACCAGGGGGCUGAAACUCUGCAAGUAACUUCAAGCAGCUGAGCAGGAAGGCCUGUGGUAACGUCUAAAAUUGGAGCCAAACAUGAAGAGAUUGUGCUUUUUUAGGUUUGUUUGGACCAUUGGUUGUUUUCCACCAUCACAGCUAGCAAGGUUGGAAUCAACAGGUCAGUUGCAGAUCUGUCUUUAUGCUACUUGCUGGGCUUAAGCAAAUGCAAGGGGAGGGGGAGAAAAAGGGAGUCUUCUCCCAUUUUGUUUGUUCCAUUAGCAACUGUUUGUGGAAGCCCAAUGGUGGUGUAUUACCAAUCCCCCCCCUCAGAAAGCUUCGAUAUUGAAUAUUGGCACAAUGAAAUGUGGGAAAGGGAUGGCUGCAGACAAAUAGCUAGGGAGAAGAAUAUAAUUUUGUAUUCCUAAUAACCCUUUGUUUUGCAAAAGUAUUAAAUCCAGAUGUGGUCUUGAAACUGGCACAUUGGCUGGCUUGGCAGUGUUUCUGACAUAAGGGCCAUUAAGAAUUAGUUGCAGGUGGAAAGGGUGACCUUUCUCUUUACGCCCUUAAUAAAGAACAUUUGAAAAUGACUAGGGACCAACCACAGGGGGGGGGGGAUUUCUAAUAGUCUAGUAAGUAAAUUCUUCUCUGUCUUGUAAAGAUUCAGAAAGCUUUUGGCUUGUCCUUCAGUUACCUGAAAAAGAUGAUUUGCUUUAUGGGGGCGGUAGGGGUGCAUGGCAGCAAUUCAGAGAGGCAGUUAAAUAGCUGAAUGCAAUGGCUUUGCACUUGCACCUAAAGGGCAGUGUACCUCUGGCUGCAACUGUCCUUCUGAUUAGGCAGAAUCUGUUCCAAGGGGCAGUGCAGGGUUAAGAGUAGUUGCAAUUGUUCACUAUCCUGUGUUUCAGUCUUUGGAAUAAAAUAUUCAUCUCCUUCUCCUUGUGCCCCUUGCUACCUCCCAAUGACUAUAUUAGUAGCUUUUUGUAAAACUCCCCUCAAUUUUACAAGUUCAUAAGUUGCACUUAAUGUUUAAACUUAAUUUUGUUUUCAGAAAUAUUUCAGUCUCUUUUUCCCUACUAACUUUAAUUCUUAUCCUCUAGGUGAAGAUAAUAUCAGCUGGAUGAUACUAGAACGCUUCCAUAUAAGUUGACCAAUAGCCAGAAUAUGCCCAUACAAUUGAAUGUUAUAGAGAGAAGCACUCUGCAAUACAUAGGAGAAGAAUGGUACGUGUGAUUGCAAAAAGGAGGAGUCCAUGGAUGCGGUAGCACUUUCUUGAAAUCUUCAAUAAACUAUUAAGAAACAUAA